GUUAAUAAACAUUCGGACAAUGAGGUUGAAGAGGUUGAAGGUUACAACUGGCAUAAUAAAAUUUCAGAUGCUCUCAAAAAUUUGGAACUAGAUAUCAAAAAAGAAAAGGUUAACAAUUAUCAUAUUACUGAAUUGCGUGAACAGCCAAAAGAAUUAAAGCAAGUUCUAAUAGAAAAAGGAUUAUGGCCAAAUGAAGGGUUAAAAUUGAAAGAAGCAUGA